CCACGCGCUGCCGGCCAGCACGCACGACAACCGUUCCGCGAUCGUAACGAUCGAUCGAUAAAUCAUUGUUUACAUCGAAUCGAAAAUCGAUACGUGUUCUUUUUUUAUAAUCGGAUUCAGUGUUGUGUAAUUAAUUGUAAGUGUUUAUAUUUGUGUUGUGCUGUGACAGAUUGUAUGAUGUUGCGUGCACUGUCAACAUUUGUGAAAUCAUUUUGACAGAUUCAUCACACAGAAGACUUGAUCCUUUAAGAAGUACAAAAUUAUUAAGGUGUAAGAUGAGUCUACGACGGUGGUAGAGGCCAGGAGGGCGGCCGGAUGCGGCCCGCGCGCGCCCGUCCGCCCGCCGCCUCCGUCACUUAGCCGCGCCCGCGCACACGCCGCGCUGCUACUAUGCGCAUGGCAAUCGCCCUGCCCACUCUGCUCGCGGUGCUGUGUGGUGCAGUGGCGGGCGCGGGCGAGUUAAUGGGCAACGUGAGCCGCGUGCGUCGCUCGCCGCAGCAACACCAUCCACACCGCGUGCAGACGGACGAGGAGCUAGACGCAACAGCGGCGUGGAGACGCUCCCACUGGCGCGAGAUGAACUCCAUCUUGCGCCGGGAGAGAGAGGUUGUCGAGUGCUGCCCCUCAGUCCUCGAGAUGGUGGCCAAAAAGGGGGGGCGUACCUUCGGCGGCCUCUACGUAGAACUGUACGAGGACGGUGAAAACAAACAGAGGUUGUACGAACUGUCGUGUGCUCCAGAAGUGGUCGAUAGACCCUGUCGCUUUGUGGACCCACGAGUGUAUAACCAAUCGAGGUGCGUGCAAAAAUACUCCUACUCGUAUGCGUUAGUGCGCUAUACGACGGCGACCGAGAUGCCCCAUCCAAGGACCGAGGGGCAUUUCGCUGUCCCCGGCUCCGGGGACUGGUCGAUGGACUAUGUGAAAGUGCGUGCCGGUUGCGAGUGCCAAAUAACGCCGAAGCGGAAAACGCCCCACAAGAAGAGGUUGGAGAGACAUCGACAGAGGAGGAAAAAUAAGAGACUUGAGGAAGAGGACGAAACCUGAUCUUAGUGGUGUGCUAGUGAUGUCACUGAACAAAUUAAUACUUCCCGGUUUAGUAUUACGAGGUUGGCUGUACUUACACCUUUAAGAACUUCAGAACAUUAGUGACCAGAGUGCCUAGUGUGAGUUUGUACAAAGAUUUAUAUUACAACAACAUUUACUCUAUAAAUAUGUAUAAAUACCUAACUUAACUACGCCUCUAGCAGAUAGUUUUGUAAAUUAAGAUUUCCAUACAAAAUAAUUAUAACAUGCAGUUUUUGUGUAACUCACACUAGGUAUCCUGGUCGCAUUUUCAAAUACCGAAUGAGUGACUAGAAUUCUUUGUGUGGUUCGUACAACAAAUUACAUUACGACCGCGUUCUGUCCUAACUGCUCCUCUAGUAGCUAGUUUCGUAAACAUAAUUUCCAUAUAAAAUUGUCGAGUAAACGUGAACACGAACGUAACGUAACUUUUUGUGCAACUCACACUAAGCACUCUGGUGCGAGUACAGUUCAAUCGAUUUGUUGCGUUACCGAUAUUGUACAAGUGAACAUGCUAGCGACUAUCGAUGGUAUAUUUUACUGUAUUUAUUUUGGAAAACUUCGUCUAUUUAAUUACGCUUCAUUGUUUUAGUCUAGUUAGUGUCGGUCAGCGAUCUUAUGAAAAUUAAUUACAGUGCCUUGUGAAUGUUGUGCCUUAUAUCGUUAGAAAUUGUAAAAAAUCUGUGACUUGUGAGUUUCGUAUACACACAAACUUACAUAAUAAGUAGCUAAUAUGUAACAUCACGCACACAUUUAAAAUUAUCUAUUGUUCUAUGGACUACGGUUUUACUAUAUUAUAUAUAUGUAAUAUAAUAAUUGUUUUGACAUAAAUAGGUUACAUGCCCUUAACAUCAAUAUUAUUAAAAAAAAAGUACACAAAGUAACUUUAUUGUAACCAUUUUUUUAAAACCAUCCUUUACGGUACGUGCACAUUUUUUUCUCGUUUGUUUCCUAAUCUCUUUUACCAGUUCUACGAGUAUUCCUUUAAAUACCAUCGUCAAUUAUAUAUUAAAAAAAAAAUCUUGUUGUAAAUGCAUUUUUAGGGUUACCAGCGGCGAUGAGUGUAUCAGUCGGUUUGAUAUUUUAGAUAUUCGUACUAUCCAAACAAAAACAAUAACAGAGCAAUAACCUAAAGCCCGAUGAUAGAUAAAACGAUAGUAUAAAUCCGUGAGUAUGUCAGUAGAGUAACAAACAUAUAAAAACAGAAUGUCAGUAAUGGAUCGAACAAAUUCAUAACACUUGCCAUUCAUUCUACAAAAAAUAAAUAAAUAUUGCUAGCGUCUAUUCCAUUGCACCCUUUCUAAUUCUUUUUAAAAUGAUGUUUGGAUAGAGAGCCAUCAAAUACAUUAAAGGUAUUGAAAGAGGGGCUUUUUUCAGACAUAAAAGCCUACGACCUUUCCAUGAUCUUUUGUGCUUAAUAAAUACUAACUUACCACACUUACAUCGAUUAUUUUUAAAUAGAAAUAAACAAAUUAUAGGUACAAAAAAGUCACUAUGAAAAGUGUUCAUUUCUGUCAUUAAAAAAAAAUAUAAUUCUUCAGAACAUACAGAACUAAAUUGAGAUUUGAAAUAUUAAUAGCUUUCCUAUUGCAGAGAAGCUGAAUUAAGAUAGCUUUCUUAUUGCAGAAAUAAAUAUAAUGAAACUGUGUGCGUUGUAUGUGCCGUGACGAUAUACAUAUUUUAUUAGUUACCCAAUAUGAUCAAGGUACGAACUUGUACAGAAUGACUUCUCUGCGUCUUUCACGCAUAUAACAGUGCCUAGUGUGACUUUUUCAUAAAUUUACUUCACUACCGCAUUAUAAUUUACAUUGGUGUUUUUCAUUGAAUAUUUACCUGCUUCUCUAGCGUAUAGUUUCGGAUGCUCAUGUUUCUAUACAAACUAAUGGAUUUAAACAAGGCCAUAACGUAAAUCUUUGUACAACUCACACUAUGCACGCAGAUAAAAUAAAUUCAUUACUAAUCUCUACUCAGAUAAUCUGUAAUGAUAAUAAUAGUUCUAAAUGCAUUGUUUUAAUAAUUUAUUUACAUAAAUAAUAGUUACAUCUAUGUAAUUAUGUACAAGAAAUAAUUUGUACAGAUCUUAAUUAUCGUUUUGUUUAAUAUAUUUUGUCACAUUUUAAUGGCGUACAAUUUAUGUAUAUAUAUAUAUAUAUAUAUAUAUAUAUAUAUAUAUAUAUAUAUAUAUAUAUAUAUAUAUAUAUAUAUAUAUACCUACACUGAUACAGUAACUCACAGUAUUAUAGAUUCAUGAUUAAAAUCUUGAAACAAGCACUUAAUUUGUCUAAACAAUCUUAUAAACUUAUUCAUUUUAUACACUAGUACUACUUAAUAUUUUUUUUUUUUUUGUUCUUAUUUCUUAUUAUAUUUUAUUACUUAUAAUUUAUUCAUUUUAUUACAUUCUCAUUUUUUUCACGUUGUGUUUAAUUUUUAAAUGCAUAGUGCGAUUUGCACAAAGAUUUGCUUUACGAUCACAAUCACAUGUACGUUAAUAAGUUUGUAUAGAAAUCCGAGUUUCUGAUACUAUCCACUAGAGGCGCUGUUUUUUUCCGUAAUAACGAGUAUAUCGUACGAUCGUAACGUAGAUCUUUGUGCAACUCGCACUAGGCGCUUUAUUACCGACUGUGUGAACACGACGUGAAUAUGUCAUGCUCCUUUCAAUUUAUUGUCAGAUUAUAUUUAUGAAAAUAAAUUAAUAUUUGUAUAAAAUAAAACUUUUUUUUUAAUUUUUAGUUAUAUUUGAUAUUACCGUUGUUCGAUUAUUUUAUUAAGUAUUACACAGUCUGUGAUCGUUCAUAAUAUUCAGUGUCAUUAGUCAACACGCAGAGAAGUCUCACUGAUGUUCCAAUUGCUGUAAUGCUCUCUUCCCAUUAAAUUUAGGAAUAUUUAUUCAAAGUUAACAAUUUACAAUUUUGUUAUUAUCUGUAACGUACUUACUCUGUAGACAUAAGUACAUCGAGUCAAAGAUCUGUAUUAUUUUCUAUUUUGUAAUACUUUUAUUGUAUUUAAAUUUUAGCUAUACAUAGUUUAAGAAUUAAUACAUUAUUUAUAUUGUUUAAUACGAGGUAUUCCCAUAUUCUAUAUGAAUAUUAGUUUUACGCUGAAAUCGCUUCCAUGAAAUGUAUUAAUGUAUAUAAUAACACAAUAGUAUUGUGGACUGAGAUUAUUUUAUGCAUUUAGAUGUUUAAUAGCAAAAAUAAUAAUUAUUUUUGUAUUAUUUAAUGACAAAGCGACAUCUGUUGUUGCAUAGCGAAAGAGAUAGCUCAGCGCCAUCUAUCAUGGAAUAGUAGUACUUUGAUUUAAAUCGUUAUUAAAUGUCAGUCCAAAGAUGCAUAAAUAUCGCUAAUCCCAAUAUUAUUAAUCAGUGCCAUGACUCAUGAUAGCUUUUAUAGAUUUUCAUUGCUUUAUCUGGUUAAAUAGUUCUUGUAUAUAGUACUAAAUUAAUUAUUUUUUGUCAUUGACUAUUCCAUAACUAUUUGUUAACCUAAAAAUUUUACAUCACAUCCAUGUGAUACCUAGUAUCACGGAAAACAGCAAGUUAGUAUGUCACAAAUAUAUAGACAUUAUUAAAAAUAUUGUACCUAAUUUUUAACAGCCUCCAAUCCGUAUCGAACUAUCUAUUUUAAAAAAUAUUGUUGACAUCAAAUACAAAUAUUAAAUAAAAAUCAUAAAUAGCAAAA